AUGGCAAAGUUUUUGGUACUGCGCUGCAAGACACUUCUACGGUUGACUGAUGCAGCGCCUGUCAUCGUGUUUCCUUUCCGCUGCUUCUCCGUAGAUGUGUACCCUGCCGAAGACCGUGAUUUCUCGGAAAGCAACCAUUUUCGUAACUACAUAAGGCGACUGAAUGACGUGUUGGAGCUGGACAUAAAACGCCAGCGUAUUAGCAGAUCGGAUUUGUUCAGGAAAACCUUUAGGGAAGUCAUGCUGAGACUUGAUCAGGCGAAGAAGGAGGGAUACAGUCAUACGCAAAUGGGAUUAAACGAAGUGAUUUCAUCGUUGGCCAGUUUGAUGGUGUCUAAAAGCUUAAAACCGGAAGAGAUACUGCAUAUCGUCCAUUUGGUGGUGUAUAACCUACCUCCAUUUACCCGGUCCACAGCUGCGUUUGCUUGCCUCGGUGGCGAAGUGUUGAAGGUGAUGAGCAAGUGUGACUUUUCAGAGGCGCCCGUCCAUGUCGUCUACGAGUGGAUCAAUCUAAUGAUCAUCUUUGACAUUAUGAACCGGGGGGCGACCGGCCAACUGCUCUAUCGGUCGUUGGUUCAGCGCGUGGCGUCGUUCUCUGAUGUCGAAUUCGUCGUGCUUAUGAGUCGCUUCUGGCAACAAAAGGUGUUUCCCAAAACGCUGCAGCCGUUGGUCGAGACGGAGAUCGUUAAGCGUUUCUACCGCUUUUCGUUGAUGGAUAUUGCGCUUAUCUCCCUUGCUUACUUCCGCACACUGCAGAAGAUCGCCAACACGGACAUCAUCAGUCAGAUCGCCAGUCGCUUAUUCGAAAGCCUGGACGAGCAGCGCGCAGACAGCGUCGUUGUCACCGCAAUUUUCAAGGAGCUGAGGUUCGUCGAGAGCAGUGAGUUGCUUAGGCACGUACCCCGCAUCAUUCGUCGCUUCGCUAAUCUGCCCCUCGACACGUUCACCAUACAGACAUGGGUGCAUGCCGCGCUGUUUUGCACCAGGACUUGUUUUUUCGAGGAAUCGUUCGCCAAGGGACUUUGCACUAAGGUUGCUUCGAACAUUCAUGCAGUGCGGUCUAAAGACGCCUCCUUCGUUCUCCACUACCUCGCAAUGUUCGACUACGACCAACCAUUGAGCAACGCUAACGACUCAGACUCGGAAGCUACCGUCUUCCGCUUUUUGCUCAACCACUUCGACACGGGACAGUUCCGCAUGGAAAUCGAGGAUUUUCCUGAAGUGCUCACGAGCGCUUUGCGGUGCGCCGCCAUUCGUAACCUCUACCCACGUGCCUUACUGUCGUUGGUGUUCUCCGAGAAGUAUUUCAGAAGAUAUAGAGAAGCGCAACGACAUUUCUUUCCCGACCUCGACUUGUUCUUCGUCGACGGUUCGUGCGCCAUCGACCAACCGGACCACUUGAUACCGCGACUGGACUACACGAUGUUGUUGGAGUUUCGGCACUCGAAGAAGAGCAAGUUACCGAAUUUCUCGACCGAUGGAAAACGAAUCGCAGCUUUUCAAAAUCUGUCUGCGGCCCUCGUUGCCAAAUUCAACUGUGCUCCGUCAGCCAUUUACUGUGGGCAGGUGUUGCCACACAUUUUUUCUUCAGAUAUUUUGCUGAAGGUGAAAAACGGCCAGUUGAUGAACGUUAAUGUGGAGUUGUCAUGGCGGCCGUACACAAGGGCUGAACUGACGGUACCUGCGGACGAAACCUGGAUCGUCAUUUUGGUAAAACGUAUAAAUACUUGUCGGCUGUAUACUUUCCAUUGGUUGGGUCCAAUCGUUGCUCGCAAACGACAACUACUUAGCCUCGGCUACAGAAUCAUCGAGGUAAGUUUCGCCCGUUUACCGAUCUGA